CACCGCGUCCGGACGUAUCUAGCGGCGCGCUGUUGAAGAACAUAAAAAUAGUGAAGUGUUGUCAGUGUUAGUGGAAGAUAAUUUCCAGUGCACAUUUUGCCGAAUAGAAAGUAUUACUCUGUUUUUCUAUUGGCAACAGCGAGGUGUUACGUGAUAGCUGCUACUCCACUUUACCGUUUGAGGAACAAAAAUGUUGAUGCAGCGUCAGAAAUUCCGCAAAAGAAUUCGGUGAGGCGAAACCAAACAAAACAAAGUUCGUAUAACGAUGUGACAAUACAAUGACAAACAAUAAAGACGCUCCGUACAUAUAAAAAAAAACAACCAAAAAUACUCCUCAUGAUUCUCCAAAUUUAGUUUCAUAAGCAGAAUAUUAAAUAAGUGCCAACGAUUAGUGCAAACACCGUAUUAGAAAAGUUAAAAAAAAAGAAAAACAAUCAGUCGAACUGCGCUCAGUGAUUCCUCAACGAACAAUCAAACGCAACGAUUAAAAAAAAAUCAAUCAGUGCCACAAAUUUAUACUGCCAAGUGAAAAAGCUGUUAAAAGUAAUAGCUGUUAAAAAUAACUGUUAUUUAACUGUUAUAUCGUUAAAAAGUGAUGUGCUUUUGAGAUGGAUCUACACGCUCCCCCUUUAGUGGUUCAUGGGUAUGAACCCCAUGCUCCCUUGUUGGAAGUCGAGGGUCUGGACCCUCACAGUCCUCAGCAGAAGGUCCUAAUUCAUGCCCCGACUUUACAAGGGCAGGAGCUGAUGAGAAAUGACCACCAGAAUGGAGAGUAUGACUUUGCAGAUGAGCAGUACCACGCGCACAGCAGCAACCAGAGCAGCGAUGGUCACGGAGGCGUCAAUCAACUAGGUGGUGUGUUUGUGAACGGACGACCCUUGCCUGACGUCGUGCGACAACGGAUAGUAGAGCUGGCGCACAGCGGCGUGCGACCGUGCGACAUCAGCCGCCAGCUGCGGGUGUCGCACGGCUGCGUCUCCAAGAUACUGUCCAGGUAUUACGAGACUGGAAGCUUCAAAGCUGGCGUGAUCGGCGGUUCGAAGCCCAAAGUUGCCACACCUCCGGUAGUUGACGCGAUCGCUGCAUACAAGAGAGAGAACCCAACGAUGUUCGCCUGGGAGAUCAGAGACAGGCUGCUGAGCGAGGGGAUCUGCAGCCAAGACAAUGUGCCUUCGGUUUCAAGUAUUAAUAGGAUCGUGAGGAACAAAGCAGCAGAGAAGGCGAAGCAUGCUCACAAUCAGCAGCAACAGCAACAACAGGAGCAGGAGAUCAGCUCGGCGCAAGGCAGCGUCGUCUCUGUGAUAACACAUGCCGGCAACGCGCCGGGUACAACGGCGGUGCUGUCCCCAACCACGGAGCAGCAUGUCACGAACACCGGCAGCUAUAGCAUCAAUGGUAUCCUCGGAAUCGAGCAGGUCGAUGGUCUGCACAAUGGUAACGCGACGGGCUUGAAGAGGAAGAGGCACGAAGACCAAGAUGAGAAUAGAGACUUCAACAGCCAUUCGGAAGACGACGUGAAGAGACAGAGAAGUCACUACAAUGGCGACCAAAUAUACUCAAAUCUAUGGUCUUCAUCUAAAUGGAGUCUGAAAGACGAGUAUAAACUACUCUCAGAGUUGGGGGGAGCGACGGGAGGCGCGACAGGUUAUUAUGGAGAUCUAUUCGACGCACCAUACGAACAUGCAGCGCAUCCCCAUUAUACACCCCAUUCCGCAACGAAUGAUUCAACGGGAUCAAACGGCGGUGCCGGUGGGGAACCACCGUCGGCUGCCGCCAGUCCUGACGCUGCAGCCCUGGUAGUGUUACAACCACCUGCACCGCCAUAUCCACCCUACGCGCAUUACGAUGGUACGACAACGUUAGCGAGUGAAUAUGCUUACGCAGCCCCAUACUCACAGUACUCACCAUACGGCGGGCCUUACUCGCACUCAGCCGCCACAGGCCUCCUCUCCAAGUGAUAUCAACGGACGCCGUGCGAGCAAUAGCUGACGGCGAGCCACAACGAACAAACUAAGUGAUAAUGGACACUUCAUUACAUAUACAUACAAGAACCCUGUGAGAAUCCUAAUUUAAUUACAUCUUCACCGUUUCCUUAGUGAAAACUAAAAAUAUGUAUAUACAUAUAUCGAAAUAAUAAAUGCAUUAAGUAAAAAUAUAACAUUAAUUCGACUAUAAAGUUUUAAUUGUACACAUUAUAUAAAUGAGAUAUUUUACAUGAUAAUAUUAUUAAAGAACUCCCGAUAUUUCGACGCUAUAACAUACGUCCUCGUCACGGAUAGAUCUGAGAUAACAUCAUGAAAAAUAUCCGAUUCAAAUAUAUGUACAAUUGUAAACAUAACAAAAGGAAAUAGUAUUUAAAGUCUUAACUAUAAAA